AUGCCGGCCGACACCCAAUACUACGAGGCGCUCACGGCGCCGCGCGAGAUGGAGAGGCGAACCCUCACAUUCCGUGGCAAGCUUCUCCCUGAUCAACUGCCCGUGAAACAGGCGCCCGCGGUUGUGCACAAGCAGAGUACACAUCCUCUCCCAUAUUUCGCCCAUCAACAGCUCGAUCUCGACUACUUCUCCUGGGACAUCGCUCAACCGGUCGGCGGUCCGAUGGUAGACGGUGAUGGAGACACAGCCGAAAACCGUGCAUGGGAUGAUGAUGAUAGCGAUGCGGGCGUCGUUCUUGGAUCCGACGCAGAUGAUGAAUUGAAUGUGGAGGUGUGGCCAUUCAUUGAAUCUCUCGUUGGGUCCAGCGUCACUGAUCAGAUUGUCCAGACCCCCGGUGGCAAGCCCAAGCGUCGCCGCCCCUUCGAAUCCAGCAAAAUCGCAAACGCGUCCGAGGUCAAGAAGAUGAAGAUCCAGGGAGGCCGCCCGGCUAUCGCCAAAAAGGUGACGGCAGACCUAGACUCCGACGACGAGAUGAUUGUGCGCAUGAAAGAAGCCCGAUUUCUGGAGAGAGACAUCGCGCAGGCUCUCAUCGACCAGGGUCGCACCGCCUACAACCCGAAGACCAUCGGCACUCGUUGGAGACGUAUCAAGGCCGCCUUGCAGAAGCGACAGGACGAUCUCCUAGAUGCGGAUCUGACGGACUGGCACGAAGGGGAUGACGACAUUCUCCUGCAGGCUGUUUUCAAGACCGAGAGGGAAGUGAACAGACUCAAAGAAGAUAUCGAGUCCAAGAAAUGGCGCAUGCCCGUGGUCAACUUCUCCCAGAAUGCUUGUCGAGCCAGGUACGAUGCUCUCCAGAAUGGCUGCGCGAAACCCACCCCUGAAUCGAUCGAGAACCCAUCUCCUGAAAUCCUCGAACGCAUCGCAUCGCGCAGGGAAAAAGAGCGGAAGAUUCGAGAAGGCAACCACAUGGCUGAGAGGGAGCAGAAGAAUGUCGAGGCCAAUGGAUGGACUUCGCGGAUGCGGACCUAUUUCUAG